AUGGCUCUUGUUGAACUGGUUGGAUCCCAGUUCCCCACAGUGGAAAUGCCCAUUAUCCCAUGGGAUAUACUGGAGUACAAAAAGAAACAGAGGCCUCAGAAAAUCCGGAUGCUGGAUGGUUCAGUGAAAACAGUCAUGGUGGAUGACUCGAAAACAGUGGGUGAAUUGCUGGUUACCAUUUGCAGCAGGAUAGGAAUAACAAAUUAUGAGGAAUAUUCAUUAAUCCAGGAGAGCAUCGAAGAGAAGAAGGAGGAGAGUACAGGAACACUUAAGAAAGACAGGACCCUGUUACGUGAUGAAAGAAAAAUGGAAAAACUCAAGGCAAAGCUCCAUACAGAUGAUGAUUUGAACUGGCUGGAUCACAGCCGCACCUUCCGCGAGCAAGGCGUGGACGAGAAUGAAACGCUGCUCCUGAGGCGAAAGUUCUUCUAUUCAGACCAGAAUGUAGAUUCAAGAGAUCCUGUUCAGCUCAAUUUGCUCUAUGUUCAGGCUCGUGAUGACAUUCUGAAUGGCUCCCACCCUGUCUCCUUUGAGAAGGCUUGUGAAUUCGGAGGCUUUCAAGCACAGAUCCAGUUUGGACCUCAUGUAGAACACAAACAUAAACCUGGAUUUUUAGACCUGAAAGAAUUCCUGCCUAAAGAAUAUACCAAACAAAGAGGGGCUGAAAAGAGAAUAUUUCAGGAGCACAAGAACUGUGGUGAGAUGACAGAAAUAGAGGCCAAAGUGAAGUACGUGAAGCUGGCGCGUUCCCUGCGCACCUACGGCGUCUCCUUCUUCCUUGUGAAGGAAAAAAUGAAAGGCAAGAACAAGCUGGUUCCUCGUCUGCUGGGGGUCACCAAGGACUCGGUGAUGCGUGUGGAUGAGAAGACCAAGGAGGUGUUGCAGGAGUGGCCCCUGACAACUGUGAAACGCUGGGCUGCCUCCCCUAAGAGCUUCACUCUGGAUUUUGGUGAAUAUCAGGAAAGCUAUUACUCAGUACAGACCACUGAAGGAGAACAGAUCUCUCAAUUAAUUGCAGGUUACAUUGAUAUCAUCCUAAAGAAGAAACAAAGUAAAGAUAGAUUUGGGCUUGAAGGUGAUGAGGAAUCAACCAUGUUGGAAGAGUCUGUUUCACCUAAGAAGCCCACCAUCCUGCAGCAGCAGUUCAACAGGACGGGCAAGGCGGAGCACGGCUCGGUGGCGCUGCCGGCCGUGAUGCGCUCGGGCUCCAGCGGCCCCGAGACCUUCAACGUGGGCAUCAUGCCCUCCCCGCAGCAGCAAGUGACAACUGGGCAGAUGCACCGAGGACACAUGCCCCCUCUUACCUCAGCCCAGCAGGCCCUGAUGGGGACCAUCAACAGCAGCAUGCACGCGGUGCAGCAGGCGCAGGCCGACCUCAGCGAGGUGGACAACCUGCCACCCCUGGGGCAGGACAUGGCAUCAAGAGUAUGGGUUCAGAACAAGGUUGAUGAAUCAAAACAUGAAAUACACUCUCAGGUUGAUGCAAUCACUGCAGGAACUGCAUCUGUUGUUAACCUGACAGCAGGGGACCCAGUUGACACUGAUUACACUGCUGUGGGAUGUGCAAUUACAACCAUCUCCUCCAACCUCACUGAGAUGUCCAAAGGUGUGAAACUGCUUGCUGCUCUCAUGGAUGAUGAGGUUGGGAGUGGAGAAGACCUCCUGAAAGCUGCUCGAACCUUGGCCAGUGCUGUCUCAGACCUGCUGAAGGCUGUGCAACCAACUUCAGGAGAGCCUCGCCAGACAGUUCUGACUGCAGCUGGAAGCAUUGGACAGGCCAGUGGGGAGCUGCUGAGGCAAAUUGGGGAGAAUGAGACAGAUGAGAGGUUCCAGGAUGUCCUGAUGAGUUUGGCCAAAGCUGUUGCCAACGCCGCUGCCAUGCUGGUGCUGAAGGCCAAGAACGUGGCCCAGGUGGCAGAGGACACGGUGCUGCAGAACAGGGUCAUUGCUGCUGCCACCCAGUGUGCCCUGUCCACCUCCCAGCUUGUGGCUUGUGCCAAGGUGAGCCAGGGGGUGCAUGAAAAAACACUUCAGCAAAUGGAAGUUCCAUUUUUCCCUUGUGAAGGGGUGCUGAGGUUUGAAGCAAGGCUGCAGUGCAGAGAGCAGAGGGUGAGGAUGGGGCUGUGCAUUUUCCACCCUGUGCUCCCAGGUGAGAUGGUGCGGCAGGCGCGCGUGCUGGCUCAGGCCACCUCGGAUCUGGUCAAUGCCAUGAGGUCUGAUGCUGAGGCUGAGAUUGACAUGGAGAACUCCAAGAAGCUCCUGGCUGCUGCAAAGCUCCUGGCAGACUCCACAGCCCGCAUGGUGGAAGCUGCAAAGGGAGCUGCAGCCAAUCCUGAAAAUGAAGAUCAGCAGCAGCGUCUGAGGGAAGCAGCAGAGGGACUGAGGGUUGCUACAAACGCUGCAGCACAGAAUGCCAUCAAGAAGAAAAUUGUCAACAGACUGGAGAUUGCAGCUAAACAAGCUGCAGCUGCUGCUACUCAGACCAUUGCAGCUUCUCAGAAUGCAGCUGUUUCCAACAAGAACACAGCAGCCCACCAGCAACUUGUGCAGAGCUGCAAGACUGUUGCAGACCACAUUCCUCAGCUGGUGCAGGGUGUAAGAGGAAGUCAAGCUCAGGCAGAAGACCUCAGUGCUCAGCUUGCUUUAAUCAAUUCCAGCCAGAAUUUCCUUCAGCCUGGAAGUAAAAUGGUGGCAUCUGCUAAAGCUGCUGUCCCCACAGUGACUGACCAAGCAGCAGCAAUGCAGCUCAGUCAGUGUGCAAAGAACCUUGCUACCAGCUUAGCUGAGCUGAGAACUGCCUCCCAGAAGGCUCAUGAAGCUUGUGGCCCAAUGGAAAUUGAUUCUGCUUUGAAUACAGUCCAGACACUCAAAAAUGAACUGCAGGAUGCGAAGAUGGCAGCAGUGGAUGGACAGUUAAAACCUCUCCCAGGAGAAACUCUCGAGAAGUGCACUCAGGACCUGGGAAGCACAUCCAAAGCCGUGGGUUCUUCCAUGGCCCAGUUGUUAACUUGUGCUGCUCAGGGCAACGAGCACUACACAGGAGUUGCUGCCAGAGAAACUGCUCAGGCCUUGAAGACUUUGGCUCAGGCAGCUCGAGGGGUGGCAGCAUCCACCAGUGACCCUGUGGCAGCCCAUGCCAUGCUGGAUUCAGCCAGGGAUGUCAUGGAAGGCUCUGCCAUGCUGAUCCAGGAGGCCAAGCAGGCCCUGGCUGCCCCAGGGGACGCAGACAGCCAGCAGAGACUUGCCCAGGUAGCAAAAGCAGUGUCUCACUCCUUGAAUAACUGUGUGAAUUGUCUGCCUGGACAAAAGGAUGUGGAUGUGGCCUUAAAGAGCAUUGGGGAAUCCAGCAAGAAGCUCCUGGUGGAUUCGCUACCUCCAAGUUCUAAGUCAUUUCAAGAAGCUCAGAGUGAGCUGAACCAGGCAGCAGCAGACCUGAAUCAGUCAGCUGGAGAAGUUGUCCAUGCCACACGGGGCCAAAGUGGGGAGCUGGCUGCAGCCUCUGGCAAAUUCAGUGAUGACUUUGAUGAAUUUCUUGAUGCUGGUAUUGAAAUGGCUGGCCAAGCACAAACUAAAGAGGACCAGAUUCAAGUCAUAGGUAACCUCAAGAGCAUCUCAAUGGCUUCCAGCAAGCUGUUACUGGCUGCCAAGUCUCUGUCUGUUGAUCCUGGAGCUCCUAAUGCCAAGAACCUCUUAGCAGCAGCAGCAAGAGCUGUGACUGAGAGUAUAAACCAGCUCAUCACACUGUGCACCCAGCAAGCUCCUGGGCAGAAGGAAUGUGAUAAUGCACUCAGAGAACUGGAGACAGUGAAGGGAAUGCUGGAUAACCCAAAUGAGCCUGUGAGUGAUCUCUCAUAUUUUGAUUGUAUUGAGGGCGUCAUGGAAAACUCCAAGGUUCUUGGAGAGUCAAUGGCAGGCAUUUCCCAGAAUGCAAAAACUGGGGAUCUUCUGGUCUUUGGAGAAUGUGUUGGAGUUGCAUCCAAGGCUCUUUGUGGCCUGACAGAGGCAGCAGCUCAGGCUGCUUACCUGGUCGGUAUCUCAGAUCCCAACAGCCAGGCUGGUCAGCAGGGCCUCGUUGACCCAAUCCAGUUUGCCCGUGCCAACCAAGCGAUCCAGAUGGCCUGUCAGAACCUGGUGGAUCCAGCAAGCAGCCCAUCCCAGGUCCUAUCAGCUGCCACCAUCGUGGCCAAGCACACGUCUGCUCUGUGCAACGCCUGCCGCAUUGCUUCAUCAAAAACAGCAAAUCCUGUUGCCAAGAGACACUUUGUGCAAUCUGCCAAGGAAGUUGCAAACAGCACUGCUAACCUGGUUAAAACUAUCAAGGCCCUGGAUGGAGAUUUCUCGGAGGAGAACCGCAACAAGUGCAGAACUGCCACUGCCCCUUUAAUAGAGGCUGUGGAAAAUCUGACAGCGUUUGCUUCAAACCCAGAAUUUGUCAGCAUCCCAGCACAGAUCAGCACUGAGGGAUCACAAGCUCAGGAGCCAAUUCUGGUUUCUGCCAGGACAAUGUUGGAGAGCUCAUCUUUAUUGAUCAAAACUGCCCGUUCUCUGGCUAUCAACCCCAAAGACCCUCCUACAUGGUCUGUACUAGCAGGGCAUUCCCACACAGUCUCAGAUUCCAUCAAGAGUCUUAUUACCUCUAUCAGGGACAAGGCCCCAGGGCAGCGUGAAUGCGAUUUCUCCAUCGAUGGCAUCAACCGGUGCAUCAGGGACAUUGAGCAGGCGUCGCUGGCUGCCGUGAGCCAGAGCCUGGCCACCAGGGAUGACAUCUCUGUGGAGGCUCUACAGGAGCAGCUGACAUCAGUUGUACAGGAAAUUGGCCACCUCAUUGAUCCCAUUGCCACUGCAGCUCGGGGAGAGGCAGCUCAGCUGGGGCACAAGGUAACACAGCUGGCAAGUUACUUCGAGCCCCUGGUUUCAGCUGCAGUUGGUGUGGCAUCCAAGACACUGAAUCAUCAGCAACAGAUGACUGUGCUGGACCAGAGCAAGACUCUAGCAGAAUCUGCCUUACAGAUCCUGUAUGCUGCCAAAGAAGGGGGAGGAAACCCCAAGGCAUCUCACACUCACGAUGCCAUCACUGAGGCUGCACAGCUGAUGAAGGAGGCUGUGGAUGACAUCAUGGUCACUUUAAAUGAAGCUGCAAGUGAAGUUGGCAUGGUUGGAGGUAUGGUAGACUCGAUUGCAGAGGCAAUGACCAAGCUGGAUGAAGGUACACCUCCAGAUCCAAAAGGAACUUUUGUUGAUUAUCAGACCACUGUGGUGAAAUAUUCUAAAGCCAUUGCUGUUACAGCACAGGAAAUGAUGACUAAGUCGGUUACUAACCCGGAGGAGCUGGGAGGACUGGCAUCGCAAAUGACCAAUGACUAUGGGCAUUUGGCUCUGCAGGGCCGAAUGGCCGCAGCUACGGCAGAACCUGAGGAGAUUGGGUUCCAGAUCAGGACUCGGGUGCAGGAGCUUGGCCAUGGGUGUAUAUUUCUUGUACAAAAAGCUGGAGCUCUCCAGAUUUGCCCUACAGACAGCUACACCAAAAGGGAGUUGAUAGAAUGUGCUCGUGCUGUCACAGAAAAGGUCUCCCUGGUUCUAUCUGCCCUGCAGGCAGGGAACAAAGGCACACAAGCCUGUAUCACUGCAGCCAGUGCUGUGUCUGGCAUAAUUGCAGAUCUGGACACCACUAUCAUGUUUGCUACUGCUGGAACCCUUAAUGCUGAGAACAAUGAAUCAUUUGCAGAUCACAGGGAAAAUAUCCUGAAAACAGCAAAAGCUUUAGUUGAAGACACCAAAUUGUUGGUUUCUGGUGCUGCCUCAAGUCAGGACAAACUGGCCCAAGCAGCUCAGUCAUCAGCUAACACCAUCACUCAGCUUGCUGAGGUGGUAAAACUGGGAGCAGCGAGCUUGGGAUCUGAUGAUCCUGAAACACAGGUUGUUCUGAUCAAUGCUAUCAAGGAUGUUGCAAAGGCCCUUUCUGAUCUCAUUAGUGCUACCAAAGGAGCUGCCAGCAAACCAGCAGAUGAUCCAUCCAUGUACCAGCUGAAAGGUGCUGCCAAGGUGAUGGUAACAAAUGUCACAUCCCUCUUGAAGACUGUUAAAGCAGUAGAAGAUGAAGCCACUCGAGGGACAAGAGCCCUUGAGGCCACAAUUGAGUACAUCAAACAGGAGCUCACGGUGUUUCAGUCCAGUGAGGUCCCAGAGAAGACAUCAUCACCUGAGGAAUCCAUCCGGAUGACGAAAGGCAUCACCAUGGCAACGGCCAAAGCUGUGGCAGCCGGGAACUCGUGCAGGCAGGAGGAUGUGAUUGCCACAGCCAACCUGAGCCGCAAGGCAGUGUCCGACAUGCUGACAGCCUGCAAGCAAGCAUCCUACCACCCAGAUGUGAGUGAGGAAGUUCGGGAGAGAGCCCUGCGCUUCGGAACAGAAUGUACCCUGGGAUACCUGGAGCUCCUGGAGCACGUUCUCCUGAUUCUUCAGAAAGCAACUCCAGAGCUGAAGCAUCAGCUGGCCUCUUUCUCCAAGCGGGUUGCAGGUGCUGUCACAGAGCUUAUCCAGUCAGCAGAGGCAAUGAAGGGGACAGAGUGGGUGGAUCCAGAAGACCCAACAGUCAUUGCAGAGACAGAGCUAUUAGGGGCUGCAGCAUCAAUUGAGGCUGCAGCAAAGAAGUUGGAGCAGCUGAAACCAAGAGCCAAGCCCAAGCAAGCAGAUGAGACUCUGGAUUUUGAAGAACAGAUCCUGGAAGCAGCUAAAUCCAUUGCAGCUGCUACCAGUGCCCUUGUGAAGUCAGCUUCAGCAGCCCAGAGGGAACUGGUGGCUCAGGGAAAGGUUGGAGCAAUCCCUGCAAAUGCAGCUGAUGAUGGACAGUGGUCUCAGGGACUUAUUUCUGCUGCCAGAAUGGUGGCAGCUGCAACCAGCAAUCUCUGUGAAGCAGCAAAUGCCUCAGUGCAAGGCCAUGCCAGUGAGGAGAAGCUCAUCUCAUCUGCCAAACAAGUGGCAGCUUCCACAGCACAGCUGCUGGUGGCUUGCAAAGUGAAGGCUGAUCACGACUCUGAAGCCAUGAGGAGGCUCCAGAUUAUUGCAGCCCAAGAAGAAAUGCUGAAGAAGGAGAGAGAACUGGAAGAGGCAAGGAAAAAACUGGCUCAGAUCCGCCAACAGCAAUACAAAUUUCUACCCACAGAGCUGAGAGAAGAUGAGGGUUAACUGUUAACCUGCUGAGAUUUUUCUUCCUUUUUAUUGUUUUGUUUUCUUUUUUUUUUCCCCUUUUUUUUUCUUUUAAAGAAAUAAGCUAAAGGGGGACAGCACAUUGAGAACUGCUCUGACAGCAUACUGAGAAGCCAAGCACUUAGCUAAAUAAACUGCCUGUCACAGCUUUGGAUGAGCAGAGGGCAAUGAACAAUUGUUCUUUCCCACCUGCUCAGCUGAGGUGCACGAUGAUCAAACAAUGGUACAGUGUUAGGUUCAUCAUUCCUGUUCCUCCCUUGAUUUCUAUCUCAGGAGAGAAUGUUUCACUUUUUACUAAAGAUACUAAGUCAGUAUUAUUGUCACUUGCCUGAUGCUUGAGGUAUUUAUCAUUCCUUGACUUGUUCUAAAACAUUGAUGAGUUAGGAAAAGAGUCAAGAAGUGUUUUCUAUGAUAAAUAUCCCAUGAGCUGGUGGUUGUCCCCCAGGUACCCUUGUAAAAAGCAGACCAAGGUGGAGAAGGAUGUGUAGCUGAGUGAGAAACACGCACGAGUGUGGCUGUGAAGAAGCCUGUGCUCUUUCAGUGUUAUAUAGCUGGUUCACCCCAAAACUGGAGGAAUUGUCUCUGCAGCUGUUUGCACUACUGGUAUUAUUCCUUACCUGAUACCAACAAGCUUCUGCUUGUGCAGUAUUUAGGUUUACAUAAUGUGGCAAUAGCCAUUCUUUAAAGAGCUCAAAAAACAAAGAAAUGGAAACCUUGUCACUGCCUCAAUAAUAGCAGGUUCAUGAAAGAAAAUGCUGUUUCAAUUAUAUACCUCUAAUGUGUGACUACUUUUACAGUAUUAUACACACAUACACAUGCUCUAACAUUGGACUGAAUCGUUUGCAUUUUGUUUUUUAAUUGAAAUUAUCUGGUUCGUACUGUGGUAUUUCUGUUAGAAUGUAUCUCAGUUAAAAAAGGGAAAUGCCCAGUACAACAAAAGACUAUCACAACUCUUGUUAUUAUUUUAAUAAUUACAUUUAUAAUUAUUAUGUUUUGAAACCUGUGGGAAUUGUAGGAGAAAAGAAUAAGUGAUUUACAAGUAGAUUUACAAUUUUUCCUGUAAUAUAUUUUUUAAAAAUUUGGACUCUAGAGAGUUUGUUUUCAUAGUUGCUAUUGAUGAAAAAGGAAUUGCAGAGAAGGAAUAGCAGCAGUCUAUCAGCAAUCUUUGUGCAGAAAGGUACAGUAUGCUCUCAGUAAUAGCAAUUUGGGUAGAGUAACAUCUUUCACUGUGUCAAAAAGAGAACACAAAUACAGCAACUUUAAGCAGCAAAGUUGAAUAACUACAGAAACAUCAUCUUUCCUGACAGGAGUUUCCAACUCCUCCCAAGCCCUCCUAACAGCAAUGGCAGUCUGUGUAGGUGACAGGGUGCUGCCCCUGCAGUCCUUCCAUGCCAGGUACGUUCAGCUGAGCCUGCCCUGUGUUCUGUGCAUCCCCACCUCGGUGUCCUUGCUGCAGGAAAUUCCUGCCCUGUACAUCCCCAGGAACCCCCAAUGGUAGUUCUGCAGUUUAGGUAGUGCUAACUCCUCAUUUAAGUUACCUGCAUGAGACAGAAUUAUCAGGAAUUUUGUUACACUAGUACUAAAUAUAUAGCAAAAAUCUGCUAGAGAAUUAAUAAAUAUUGAAGUGUAAAAAGGUUUUUAUUGUCUCUUCUCUGAUACUGACGUAUUUCAGAUUCAGUAGAGUUGCUGGAAAAUCCACAAUCAUGAGGAAAAUAAACUGGUGUGUCCCAAAUGGAAUCACUGGCAUUGACAGAUGUGCUGUGAUGUGUAGGCUUGUGUGCAAAUGCAAACCCUGUCCUGUCAGAGAUGUGCAAUUCUGAGUUCUUUCAUUUGCCACUUCAACACCAUUUAGGUUUUUGUUCCACUCACUGUGAACAGUGUCACAGUCUGGAGUCCUCCACCAAGAACAAGGCUUUCUGUAAGUCUUUGGGCAGAAGGCUGAACUGGUAUUUAUUGCUGUAAGAGCUGAAUAAAGACUGCUCAAGUGAUGGGGAUUUUCUGCUGCUGUUGGUAGGUUCAACUCCUUUGCAGCUCAUGCCUUUCCUUUUCUUACCUGCACAGCUUCAGUCUCUGAUCUCUUUCAGAAAGAUCUGCAAGACAGAUUUGCUACUACUUCCCUUCCAACCUGCCUUUAAGUGUUAUUUGAUCUCAUUAAAGCAUGAAGAAAGAUGAUGCUGUCUUUAACACCAUGCCACUGUUUUAUUGUAGGGAUAAUACUGAUGUAAUAUACUUCAGUCAGGAUGGUAUCUGCCAGUUUGAUAUAAGCCAAAAAACCUUUUCAAAUGCAGCUAUGUAUGGAAAUGAUAUAGCUAGAAAACUUUAUCAGUAUGUAGAAGGUAAGAGCAUGUUCAAACUGUGCUCCAGAGAAAAGUGUUUAGGAAGUCCAUUUGAGACUUCUCUGUUGUGAUUUAGUGCCCCCUCUUACAUGACAAAGUAUUUUUUCCUUAGCUGGGUGCUCCAUGGAGGAACCACAGUCAGUGAAUAGCUGAGCUGGACAACUGAAGUAUUUUUUUACUCAGAAUUUUGGGUCUUCAUUUGUGAACCAUUAAGAGAAUAUAAGGUCAUCCAAAGUCUUUCAACUUCUUUCUCGCUGUUAGAAUUUGCAGUAUCGCUGAAGUUCACGUGUGAACAUCUGUGGAGUUUGGAACCAGUCCAGCCAUUUCUUUGGCAUGGGAACUUGCAGCAGGAAGUGACAAAUUGGAGGAAGGGGUAGAUGCUAAUUAAUAAGAAGGACAGAUGUUUACUUUGUUCUGUUAACUUGUGAAAUGAUGAAUGAGCUCUGUUGUAUCUCACCCUUCUUCAUGUGGAAUUCACUCUGAGAAUUGUAUGCAAAUUAAAAACAAAAUGCCUCAAA